CUCACGCCCACUCACCCCACAGAAAAAGAGGCAGACAAACACCCAGUUUUCUUUCUCACGGACUUUUUGCGUCCCACAUUCAGCAGGAGCGCGGAUCCACUGAGGACGUCUGCAGACCAACUCUCAGCUCACAACUCGCUGCAAAGUAGCACGGCCCAAUCACAGCCAUGUCGAAAGGAUGCAUCACAGUCACCAAGUACUUCUUAUUCCUCUUCAACCUCCUCUUUUUUAUCUUUGGAGCGUUGAUCAUGGGCUUUGGACUGUGGAUACUCUUCGAUAAGGAAAGCUUCAUAGCGGUGCUACAAGAAUCUUCUGACACGGUGAAGGUGGCUUCAUAUAUCCUCAUCGGAGUCGGAUCUCUGACGAUGGCCAUGGGAUUCUUCGGCUGCAUCGGAGCCAUCUAUGAAAUCCGCUGCCUGCUGGGACUGUACUUCACCUGCCUUCUGCUCAUCCUCAUCGCUCAGGUCACUGCUGCUGUUCUCAUUUACAUACAGAGAGAUCCGCUGAAACAUGAGAUGUCCGUCAUCAUUAGAGGACUGAUAGUGAACUACAGGGGUGAGAACAAAACCACAGAGCACGCCUGGGACUUCGUUCAGAGGACGAUGAAAUGCUGUGGGUGGACUGGUCCAGGUAACUGGUCCGAGAACACUUUGAUCAAGAACAGCACGCAGUAUCUGUACUCCUGCUCCUGUCGUAACGACACCAUCCGGGGAACCGAGGUGAAAGAGUUUGGCCUUUGUGAGCGCCUGUCAGCACAGCCACCUGUCUUUGAAAUGGGCUGUAUAACCAGCGUGGAAAAAUGGCUGCUGGAUAACUGUGGGAUUAUCCUGGGGAUCUGUAUCGGGGUGGCUGUUGUGGAGCUCCUGGGGAUGAUCCUCUCCAUGUGUCUGUGCAAGAGCGUCUGCCAGGAGGAUUACACCAAAGUACCGAAGUACUGAGCCGAGCACGAAGCCAGCCAGUUCAACACAGAUGGACCGACUCCCCUCUGCCUCUCCUCCACACACACACACACACACACACACAUAUAAA